AUGAGUUUGUACGAUAUUUUAAAUGUUCAUAAAAAUUCUAGUAAAAUUGAAAUAGAAAAAGCUUACAAAAAUAGAGCAAAAAAGGUGCAUCCUAUUGUUAGCAGAAAAGGAGAUAAAGAAUUUGUAGAGCUAAAUAAAGCCUAUAAUAUUCUUAAAGAUCCUUAUAAAAAGGACUUUUAUGAUAUGAUGGGAGAUAAUGUAAUUGAUCACUUAGACAGGGAAAAGGAAUCUUAUGUAAUGGUAAGAGUUUUUGAUAGAAUUAACAUUACUUGUUAUCUGUUAUUUUUUAUAGGACUGGUUUCAAAUGUAUUACUAAUUCCUAUUGGUUUAUUUAUCGAUCUUGUAUAUUUAAAUCUAUAUAUUUUUAUAGGACUUCUUAUUUUCUUAGUAAUUCCAAUUAUAAGAAAUAUUUUUAGAGUUGAUUUUUUAACCUACAGGCAAAUAUUCCAUUUAAGUUUAAGAUAUGCAAUACUGGCCUGUCUGGUGAACACAAAUUCAAAAUUAAUUUUUACGGGAAUGGUGGUAGUAGACAUAUUGAAUAUAUUAACAAUGCAGAAUUGUUUGUCUUUGAUUGGUGUUAUUGGUUUUUAUAUUUCAUUUCUUAUUAACUUGUCUUGCUUGAUUUUAAUAAAGGCUAUUGACAACAGGCGCAUAUCAUCCGUGCUUGUUUAUGCAAUUUUACAUUUUUAUUUAUAUUUCAAUCAGAUACGUAUGCUAAAGACAGGAUUUAUUGUGUUUUUAUUUCUAUAUUUUUUACCGAUAAUAUUUAUUUCAUUUGAAAUUUAUAAUAAGUUGGUUUUUAUACCUUUAGGAUUAUUAAUAUUUGGUUUUGUUCUCGCUUGUAUAAUAUUUAUCAAAUUUAUAAAACUAAAUAUGCCAAAGUUAAAUCUUAAUACUAAAAGUUUGGAAUCAUUAGUGUAA